CUCACCCAGGGGAAGAAUGCUAACACAGCCUUCUUUACCUCAUGGGAAGUGUUUUAAGGCUGACAAUCUCUGAAGUAGUAUUCAUUUCAGCAUCUUGGAAAUAAACCACAGCUUUACUUUCUUAUUCAGCCACGUGGGAUUAAUGCAUAGAUAACAAUAUCUAUACUGAAGAAAAUCACAGGAGAACUCAAACUCUGCUACAACGUCACAAAGAAAGUGUUCUCGAUAGUCAACACUACCAUUUCUUCUCCAGCUCAGAAAAAGCCAGACUCAUUUUCUCUGCUAAAAUGACGACUUUGCAGACCAUCUUUUUUUUAUUUUUCAUUGUGCCUUUGGUGAAGUUAGUACCACCAAUUCAACAAGAGUCACUCAAUCUUUAUGAGUAUGAUACAGACAUUUUUGAAGAACUGUUUAAACAAGAUUAUGAAGACAAAUCCCAGGAUGCAAUAAAGAAAAAGGGAAAAGAUGGCAUGAUUCUUUCUCCUGACUCUAACAUACAACUGGAACUGCAGAGAGAUGAGAGUGUACCUAAAGUACGACCAACCAAAGAUACAAAUUUGCCCACUUGUCUGCUGUGUGUGUGUUUAAGUGGAUCGGUUUACUGUGAAGAAAUUGAUAUUAUUGCUAUUCCCCCUCUGCCAAAGGAAACAGCCUAUCUUUAUGCACGAUUCAACAAAAUAAAGAGAGUGGCAGUCUCAGAUUUUGCUGAUAUUCCUACAUUAAGAAGAAUUGAUUUAACUGGAAAUAUGAUAGAUGAAAUUGAAGAUGGUGCCUUUUCAAAGCUUCUGUUAUUAGAAGAACUUUCACUUGCUGAAAAUAAACUGAUAAAACUUCCAGUUCUGCCCCCUAAGCUAAUUACAUUUAAUGCAAACUACAACAGAAUUAAGAGCAGAGGUAUCAGAGCAAAUGCUUUCAAGAAGCAGACCAAUUUGUCAUAUCUCUAUCUAGCACACAACACACUGGAAUCUGUACCUCUUAACUUACCAGAGAGUCUGCGUGUUCUGCACCUUCAGUUUAACAACAUAACCUCAAUCACAGAUGACACAUUCUGCAAAUCCAACAACACACGUUAUAUCCGUUCGCGUAUGGAUGAGAUAAGAAUGGAAGGCAACCCAAUCAUCUUGGCAAAGCAUCCUAAUGCUUUUUCUUGCUUGAAAACACUGCCUGUCGGAGCAUAUUAUUAACCACUACCUAUUAAUUAUACUAAAACUUAACUAUGGUAACAGAUGAUCAUUCCUGUUCCUUUUUUAAAUGACUAUAUCCUUUCCCUUGUUAAUUAUGUUUUUCUAUAUACCUAUUCUAUGAACUUUUAAUUAUGUUAAAAAUGUAGUUCUAGUCUGAAAAAUCACUAUGUAAAAAAAACAGCAUCUGCUCACUUGGCAUACCCAAUACCACCUGUACUUUCAGAUUCAUGUGAGUUUAUAACAGUGUCAAAAGUAUGGGCUUAACCAUGCAACACUUACUUCUGCAAGCAUCCUUUACUCAUAAGUAUCAUUCCUUUAACUUAAGUGGUUUAAUUGCAAUACUCAUAUGAAUACGGACUGCAGGAUCAGGCUGUAAGUUUUAAUUACUUUAGUCAUACUAACACUGCAAAGCAAACACAGCUGUGAGAAUGUUAUUCUGGCUUGCACAUCAGCAGAAUUGCUAAUUAAGUUCCAAGAGACAGCCACCCACCCACACAACUCAAUUGCAAGUUGGAGGCAAUGGGGUUGCACUGGUGUAACUACAACCAGAAUCUGGCUCAAAUCAUUUUAAUUACUGAUUAAAAUCCAUGACCUGUAAAAAGCACAAGUUCACUCUAAGUCUUUGCCUUGAUCAGGGAAAUCAUUGAAUUCAGAUCAGGCUUCAGCAGAUGAACUUUGUUUUUCUUUUGGUAAACCAAGAAAGUUUCACUGGAACUCCCUAAGAAAAAAUAAAGAUGGACUUUUACAAUGUCACUUUUUAGAAUAGGAGCCAUAGUUCAAUUACUGGAAAAAUGUAAAAAACAGACACAGAAAACUUUAAAAUGCUUAGGAAUAAAAUGCAAAGUUGGUUCUAUCUUAAACUGUAAAACUGUGUGAAAAACUAAUACAAUUAUAUUACCAACAUGGUUUUACCCUUUUAGCUUUUUUCAGAUGCAAACAAUAUAAAGGGACAGUCUCAGAUUAAUGGUGGGGGCUUCUGACUGACAAUUCAGAUUAAAUAAAGAUAACUACACCUUAAAGAUAUUGAUUCUGACUUAACACAAAUACACAAUUUCAGAUUACUUUUCUUUUUCUGUUUUUUUUUGUUUCAAUAGGAAUUUGCACAGUCCUCGUUUGGCUUAGCUGCUUCAUAAAUACAAAUGUACAGAAAACCCUAAUCACUAAUACUAGACUUAUUUUUCCCAGACAAGUGGUAAAUGAAAGGAGCUUGUUGAAAUAUGAAAAGUUCUCAACUUCACAGCUACUAUUUUUUUUUUAUUUGUAUAGUUAUUUAAAUUUCAAAUACAUAAAGGUAUUUCACUUUGGAAUCACUGUUUUUCCUUAGUAAUAUAAGCCAGUUUACAGUAACAACUUUUUUUUUAUUUCCAGUCUAAUUAAACAAUAAUAUGACAGUGCUUGACCUGAGCAACAAAUGUAGUUGAAUUGAAUAUUAUUAUGUGCACAUUAAAAGCCUAAGAUACUGUUAGUAUGCACCUAUGAAAAUUAAAACCUAAUAGACUUUUUAGUAGUGUCAAAAUCAAAAAUUGUUUGGCUGGUUUUAAUUUUCUUGGAGAAGAAAAUGAUUAUUUUAUAAUUAUUUAAAAAAUAAAAAUAAGCCAGAAGAUUUUUUUAUAUUGAAUCCAUAAUUAAGAAAAAUCACAAUUACACUUGCACCAGUAGUGUUUCAUUUUUAUCUUUUAAAUCCCCUAAUUUUUGAAAACUAAAUCUUUCACUCUUGUUGGGGUUGAUGAAUUCACUAGCAGCUAGAACACUUGAUUUUCAUUUUCCAUUUAAAAAAAACUUACUUGAGUCAUGAAAUUACAUGAGUCAUAAAAAUAAAAACAUCCACACCACAGCAGCCAUGAUUAUAUUCCAAGUUCAAGUCAAGCUGAUGCCAAAAGGAAAAAAAAACAAAACAUUUCUUUGUCCUAGUAGUGGCCAAUG